AUGGCCUCUUAUAGUAUUGUCCUCUAUCUUCUUGAUUUAUUUAUAGCAUGGGCAUUUGGCGCAUUUGCCAUAUAUUCCGCAUAUGAUCUUUGCGUUCAUUUGCCAUUUGCUCCAUUAAUAACUGUUUGUUUGGAAGUUGUUUCAUUGAUUAUAUCAUGGAAUCUUAUAUACAUCCCUAAAUUAAUUAAAAGUAAAAUCCACCCAAGGAAUGUUCAAAAAAAAUUAUCAAGAUUGAGUAAAACCCAGUUGCCCACGCAUUUAAUUGGUGAUAAUGCAGUGGAAAAUAACACUCCUAAUAAUACCCGAUCUAAUCUUUCAAGGCAAAUUAACAUUUCCAGACAUAACUCGUUCUCGUCAAUUUCAAGAUAUAAUUCCUCGGCUAAUAUCGUUUCAUCCAAAUGUGACGAUUUGUCUAUGAAUAUUUGGGGGAGCAAUGUUUCUUAUCUUAUCAAAACACAAAUUAUGGAUGUGGAAUCGAAUCAGUCCUUGCCAUUUCCCAUUAGUGCUACUGAUAAUCCGUUCAUAAUAAGAACAUCUACUGGGUCUAGAAUGGAGCAAGGUGCGCCUGAAUCUAUUCUUUCUAGUGCUUAUUUGUUUGAUUCCUCUAAAGUACAUACAAAGAAUGUCAAUAAUUGGACUCAUUUUAAACAAUAUUACAGAUCAUUGGUAAAUAAAACUCGUAAACUUUCUGACAAAUUGUCGAUUUGGACUGGUGUUAAUUUGUGGAUUAAGAUGAGCAUAUUAUCUCCGCUUGUUAAUAAUUCUGUUUGGGUAAUAGCUGAUAUAAUAAUUACGGUGAUUUGGUGUCUAAUUUGGCAAUGGGCUGCAUCGUAUAUGAAAAGAGAGCCAGGAGAUUUUAGUCUUUUAACAUGGAAAUUUGAUGAUGUGCCAAAAUUUUAUUGGCAAUUGGAUGCAGGUUUUCAAUGCAGCGCGGUGUUUCACUACUGUAUAAUGUUAUACUAUUCAAAUUGUAAAAUAAAACGCAUAUUUUCAUUUCAUGGACUAAUAGAAUUGAUAACUACGCCGUGUUUGUCAUUUAUUCUUAGUAUUAUUUACCCAACAAGUACUGGUCAGAAUGAAAAUGAACAUUAUCGUUGGUUGCUGAUGGUCGGGCCCAUUCGAUGUCUGAGGCUUUUAAGAGCUGAAUCAUUGAUUUAUAAGAAUUUCUAUUGGCUGAGUGAAGUAAAGGUUAUUAUUGUUGGUGUAAUAACUGAUUUUCUAUGCCUCUUAUUUACUUUUACCGGUUUAUUAUUUCUCCUAGAAUCUCCUAGGCAUUCCAAUCUUUUUAAACGACCUUUCGAUUUUUUUUAUUUUGGAGUAGUUACAAUCGGUACAGUCGGAUAUGGAGAUUUUGCGCCUAUUACUACCGCAGGAAGAUUAUUAGUAAUUUUUAUUAUUUUUACAUCAUUUACAUUAGGGAGCGUGCAAUUAAAAAGGCUUAAGGAUGCAAUGGGUUCGAUUAGUACAUCUAUAGGUGUGUUACCUACUGCAGCUGACAGAUAUAUUGUGUAUUGGGGUCCUUUAAUGCCAAAUCAACUUCUGUCGAUUUGCAGAUCAUUGGAAGCUUCUUAUGAGGAUUUUAUCAAUUUUAUUGUUGUUUUAACUACUUUGCCCAUGGAGGAUUACAAAAGUGUUUAUUUAGCAAUUAACAAAAACUCUAACAUAAACAUCUGUAUAACAGGCGGGUCUUCAAAUCUUGCUACACCAUCAUAUGUUGCCGAUAUAUUACUUUAUUCUACAAUGAUAGUAGUUGUUAAUGAAAUUUCAGUUUUACAUGAUAAUUUGGUUGAUUAUGAUGAUAGUAUUAUUACUAUCGGUGACCAAGAUGCAAUACUGCGUCUAACAUCUAUUUUGAAGUACACUAAUCAGUUAAAAAUUCCAGUGGUGCUUCAAAUUUCAAAUGAUUAUUAUAGUCCGCACUUGGCAAGUAUGGAUUUUGAUAAUGUUAUAUGCAUUAUAGAUCUAACAAAUGCCUUUUUGGCCAAAUCUGUCAUAUGCAAGGGUUUAUUUUAUCUCAUAUUGAGUCUAUUUUUUAUCCCUCAUGAUAUAUGUCGUGCUAGAAAUUAUGUUGAAUAUUGUUAUAAUAGUAUGUUCGCCAUAGAUGAUGACUCUGAUGAACAACAGCAAGAUUCAGAUAUCACAUUUAGUCACCUUGGUCCGAAAGUGUUGUCUAUGCUUGAGGGAAUGCAAUAUCAAUUUUAUCGUAUGCCAUUUGCAGCAUGUAUGAAAGGUAUGCAAUUUGGGGACUUGGUUAAAAUGUUGUAUAUGUAUAAUGGCUCCGUUCUAGUGGGCGUUAUUCAACAAGAUGGUACAGGUUUUCUUUGUCCAUGGAAUUAUAUAGUUGGGCAAGAACUGGAAUAUCAGAGUGAAUCUUUUUGUGGUGUUGUAAUAGCUCAUUCCAUUGAAGAGAUCAUUGACAUGGCAUCUAUCAAGCAAUUCCCCGAUGAUUCGGCAUAUCCUAACAUUCAAAAUAACCAAAUUAAUACAAUAUCACGCUCAAAAGGACUUGAGACUGUUAAAGAAACCUUUCAAGGUUCAAAUGAGACUGAGGUUGAGGUUAAUGACUAUAAUGAGGCAAUUAGGUAUUUUAAAAAUGAUGAUCCGUUUAUUAUCGUAUGUGGUUGGCCAUCAUCGUUGUGUAAUUUUUUGACACACUUGUCGUAUAAUUGUUUUAAUGUUAUAAUAUUGGCGCCUAAUAAGAGAAAUUUGCCUCCACAAAUGCUAGGUCGAGUUGCAUAUGUUAGAGGCACUGGAUUGUCUAUGGAAGAUCUUAUAAAUGCUGGGUUAUUCGAGUGCUAUUCGCUCAUAAUACUUAACUGUAAUCAUUUGAAAUGCAUUCAAACAUCGAUUUGUAACUAUAAUAUUUCUAAAAAUGAAAGAUAUAGCAAUCUUAUGUCGUAUGAUCAUCAAUCUAUAUUUAUUCGCAAUCUGGUCUGUCAAAUCUUAGAGAGGGAAAAGGAUAAGAUAGAUGUGGGUUCUAAGAAACUAAUUAACAUGGAAACUUGUCAUAUUAUUACAGAAAUUAAUCAGGCUUCAAGUGUAGAAUUUUUUGAUGUCACAUUUAGCGCAUCUGUUGCCGCUUUAACUAAUUUAUGCGAUGUUCAAAGGGCUUGGGAUAGUUCAUCAGAAUUUAUACUUAGUCUCCAAGUUACAACUGGGACUGUAUUUGUUAGAGAGAUGCUCUAUGGUUUACUUGCCCAUUCUAGAUCAAUAUGUCCAUAUGCCAUUGAUCCUAAAUAUAUAUAUACGUUAUUAGGGAUUAAUUGGAGGCAUAAUAAGAGUAAUAAACAGAUUUUUAAUAUGGAACAACACAUUAAACAUGGAAUGACAAAUGGGUCCAUUUCUUUGGUUAAAAUGCCGCAAAAUAUGAUAGGAAAGCCCUUUAAAACAUUGUUUCUCUACAUGUUAUAUAAUACGCAUUCAAUUUGUAUAGGAAUCUACCGCACUUAUUCAAUAGAGUCUAAUUUAAAGUUCAGUAAUGGAAUAAUAAUCGCGUCUCCUCAAGAUUUGACGAUGCAAAAAAGAGACGAGAUCUACAUCAUAAAUUCACAGUUACAAGAUUAA